AUGGAUCAAGCUGGAGGACAUAUAGGAAGUCUUAUCCCUCGAGGAGAUAAAAUAUUGAAACGUGUUGGGAAAGCAGAACUUGAGUUCUACAACUAUCUUUUUAGCCCUGAACUUCAAGACCCUCACAUGCUUGAAUUUCGUAAAUUUGUUCCAACAUUCUAUGGUGUUGAACAAAUUGAAGGUCACAGCUUCGCAAUAAUUGAAAACUUGCUUGAUGGGUACAAUUAUCCGAGCAUAUUAGACUGCAAAGUGGGAAAAGUUACCUGGACUCCACAUCAUGAUCCAGCUAAAACAAAACGCCAGCAAGAUGAAGCCUUAAGGACAACCACUUCUACAUUAGGCUUUCGUAUAUGUGGAGUAUACUUUUUUGGUUAAAUAUCAAAAAUUUUCAUUAUAAUUAGGCUAUUACUAAAUUUAUUAUAAUGCAGAAUAGUCGCAAAAGAUCAAUUUGGAACAAUAUUUGGCCAUACAGGAAAGUUUAGCAAAGGCGAAGAGCCAACAGCUGAAAACGUCCAUGAGCAUUUCAGAAGAAUUGUUACAAGAGGCGAAAGAGUCCAGCUGGAAACCAUUGACCAAUUUAUUAGGGAUACUCAAGAAAUUUUAGAUUGGUUCAGAAAGCAGCGAUCAAAGCAUUUCUAUACCUGCUCCGUGUUUUAUGUUGCUGGGCUAGAAAAGGCUCAAACAAGGUUUAUUGACUUUGCCCACGUUUUUGAUGCUGAAGGACAACCAAACACCAAUGUAAUUGAAGGGCUAGAAAGCUUGAUCAUGAUUUGGAAUCGAGUCAAAUCCGAAGUUUUGGCUGAAUCCCAGCCAUUAGAUCAAGCUGCAGGGCAUGAAGGUAGUCUUAUCCCUAGAGGUGACAAGCUUCUCAAAAGAGUGAAGGCUCCAGAAAUCACAUUUUACGAGUACUUAUUUAGUCCAACUCUUGAAAAUCCAGAAAUGAUUGAAUUCAGAAAAUUCGUCCCUUAUUAUUUUGGAGUCGAAAACCUUAAUGGCCAUGACCAUAUAGUAAUAGAAAAUUUGCUAUAUGGGUACACUCACCCAAGUAUUUUAGAUUGUAAAAUUGGAAAAGUUACAUGGCUACCAGAAAACAGUGAUGUAAAGACCAAAAAACAGCAAGAAGUCGCCAUGAGGUCAACACAAGCAACACUUGGGUUCAGAAUUUGUGGAAUUUUAUGCAAAGAUGAGCAAGGAAAUGUCACCGGACAUACUGGGAAAUAUUCAAGAAACACUGAACCUGUUGAUGCUAAUGUCCAUGAAGAAUUCAGAAGAGUUGUCACAAGAGGAAAUCGAGUCCAAUUGGAAUUCAUUGAUCAAUUCAUCAGGGAUACUCAAGAAUUAUUGGACUGGUUCAUAAGACAAAGAACGAAGCACUUCUUCACUUGCUCUGUCUUUUAUAUAGCAGGAUUAGAAAAAGCCCAGACGAGGUUUAUUGAUUUUGCACAUGUUUUUGAUUCUGACGGAACAGCAAAUACAAAUGUGAUCGAAGGACUAGAAAGCCUGAUUAUGGUUUGGAACAGAGUUAAAGCCCAAGUGCUGUCUGAAGGCCAUCAUAAGUAA